UCACUGGCUGGGAGAGAUUUAAAGAGAUUAAAAGCACCCGUGAGAGAAAGCAGGUCAGCACAGCCGCUACAAGUGUCCGUGUGAGCAACCCAGGCCGGCAGUUCAACCUAAAUUCGGCCCUGUGAGUGGCAUUCCUGCACCACAGCUGGGAGGGCCCCAGGCAUCUUAGGGUCUCCGUCCCCACGGAAAGAAGGAGGAGGCUUAAGCUGAAGGGAGGAGGCUGCUGAGUACGGGUGCUUUUCUUCCGGAGAGAAAUCUCAUUCAUGUAUUUUCUCAGGGGCACUUCUGCUCUUAAUUAAGCAGUUGAACGAAUUCACUGAGUACUGCACGGCAAGAUAACUUAUUGAGAAGCUCUCUUGUGUCUUUCUCUCUUUGUUGUCAGCGCUCGUCUCUCCUCUGCACCAAGAAGAGCCUGAGGAGCCAACCAGAGCCAAUCAAGUUUCAGAACCUCUACUGUCUGAUACCAGCAUUGCCAGGGAUGAAAUGUUCUAACCAGAUACUCCUCUGCUCUUGACAGCACACCUCUCUCCAGAGGAGAAGAGAGGGAGGGUGGCCACCUUGAUCCAGCCGAAGCAUCUCCAGGAGGUCUUCUCCGGAUGCCGCAUCAAGGCUGCCAAUCUGCCACAGCACGGAGCUGGUGAUCCCGGAGCAAGUGGACAUGGCUUUGCUCAGCAGCAUCCUAGCAGCCUAUUCCAUUGUCUCAGAGAGUCCUGAGCGAGCAGCUCUGUACUUUGUCUCUGGCGUGUGCAUUGGGCUGGUCCUCACUCUGGCUGCCUUGGUGAUCAGGAUCUCUUGCCACACAGACUGCCAGCAGCAUCCCCAGAAGAAGCUCGCGCAGGACGGAGAAAGCAGCGACUGCAGCGACAGCGAGGACGGCAGCUCAGACGCGGUAUCCGAUGUCUCGGUCAGGAGACACCGCCGCUUCGAGAGGACUUUGAACAAGAACGUCUUCACCUCGGCAGAGGAGCUGGAGCGCGCCCAGCGGCUAGAGGAGCGGGAACGCAUCAUCAGGGAGAUCUGGAUGAAUGGCCAGCCUGAGGUCCCCGGCACCAGGAGCCUGAACCGCUACUACUAGGGGCAGACAGGGACCCGCACCGCCCUGGAAGCCUCCUGGAAGAGAAAGGGUCCACAGGGGCGGUGAGCCCAAAGGGCUGCGCGCAGUUCUGCUACUCUGGCCAGAGGCAAGCAGGACACUCUCAUUUUCCAGCCAGGAGGACUGGCUUCUCUCUUCUGACUAAACUUAAGGGAGAAGCAGAGAAACGGAGUUGGUUCAUCUCUCCAGGUCUUGUAAUGGUGCUGAAAACCCUCACCAACAAUGUGCAUGGAGAUCAGAAAAACAACUGUGGUUCCCUUUGAAUUCUGAGGAUCUCAGAAGCUUCUGCAGACUUCACUGUUAUAUGUUAUUUCUUUACAAAAGGAAAUAUUAUAACAUGAGUGCGAGGAAGAGCAGGGUUGACUUAACCCAGUGAAUGCAAUUUACUUAAUGACUCCAUGCUAUGGAGAUGAUUUUGAUCCACACAGCAUGAUCCAUGCAUAUUAUUUAAGUCUGAUUCUUUAAAUCUCGUGUUGCAGUGGCAACCUCGUCCAUUUUAACUGGCACCUCAGGGAUUAAAAUCCUAUAUUUUUAAUUACAGUUCCCACUUCUCAUGAAAAUUAAUAAUGUAUUAGAGAUGUGUCAGUGAAAUAGAAAAGUGUAAAUAACCUCACAAGAUGAAGGGUUUUAUGUUAAAUAGCUUAUAAAGAAUAUAUUAAGAUACAUACUUGAAAAUGCUGCACAAGAAUAAAAGCUGUGUUUUUCCCCCUUUUGGAGAGAAAAAAAUUUUGUUAUGACUCUAGAUAAUUAUGAUUUUAAACAUUUUGUUAAAAAAUGUUUUUGGAUUUGUAAGAGAAGAAUGGGAAUGGGAGGUAAGGAAUAAAGCCAAAUUAGGUUGGGAUGAAAAAUAAAUGUUACAUAAGAUC